UUUACCUACCAAAAACUUCCUCCUUUCGAUUACUUUUUCUUCCUGUUUUUAAAAAUAUAUGUUCAAUAAUUGAAAGGAAUGUAAAAUGGCAACAUCGAAGCCUACGUCUACGAGAGAUUACAUUUGUAAGAUUAAUGAUGCAGUACAGCAUAUGAAUAAUCUUCUUGGACAUGGUAUAGUUGAUCUUAAUGAUCUUUUAAAGAAGAAAAAUUCUACAGAUGAAAUCCAGGCAAUUUUGAACAUAGACGACAUAGGAUUUCGCGGUGAAAAAAACAAACUUAAAAAUCAGCUGGAUGAAUUUGCUAAUAUAUAUGAACAAUUAAGAUCAACCAUAAUCAGGAAUAAGAAAGGGCGCAACGGGGAAGAACAAGAAGACAGUGGAUACAUCAGUAAAGAUUCAAAUCUUCUUGAAAGCGAUGGCAUACCUUGUUCAAACGGCGGAAUACAGGACGCUACACCACAUGAUACUUCACAGGUAAGAAGAGCAAGAAUUCUGACCAGAUCCGACUUUGAACAUAUAGAUAUAGCAUUCAACAAAGAUUCCUGAUUGUGCAGCAACAUUUUUCGAACAUUUAUUAAACUGACAAAGAAACACUUUUUACCAACGUCCAAUACAGUUUAAUUUUUCUAAGCUUUGUAUUUUACGAUUGGCCACGAUAAUAUCGUUUAAAUAUUGUAAGAUUGGAUUUGUCGGAACCCAAUUAAUGCAUUUAUUCAUGGUUAUAAGGUGGACAGCUAAUUUGGCUCCUCAAAACUUUUAGGAUCAGAAAGACGAGCUGGUAUUUAAAAGACUCGUGUUUCACCGUCCGGUAAAUACAAAUGUGCCUGUUUUGCCAUUUCUGUGAGAAUAAUUUAUCUAUUUUGGUUGUUGGAGUUAUAGUUAUAAUCAAUCCACAAUUAGUCAAAAUCUUAUAAAGAGUUUGCAUUUCUAUAUUUCCAUAUGGUGCCAGUUAUACAUUUUUGUGAUAGAUUAUUUUUUUUGUGAUGUAUAUUAUCGUUAUACAUGUAAAUAAUUUUGUUCCUGUUAUGAAUCAUUUUUAUUGAUUUAAAUACCUCAUUUUUGUAUAUUUUUUUCUAUUGUAACUGUUGUAUUUUAGGGUGAGUCAUCUGCUCUACUUACAUAUUUUUGAAUACUUUGGCAUAAUCCUAAUUGCAAAAACUAUAGGCAUAAUAUAUAUAUAUAUUGAUAGUUCUUUUUUUUAGGCAGUUAAGGUUAUAAUAUGCUAAUAAAUCGGUGUCACUUAAACACUUACUAUAAAGAUUCUCAGAUGGGAAAUCAGAUAUCUCAUCAAUAUUGACAAAAAUACAUCGUGACUAGGAAAAAUUCAUUCAAAAUAGGAUUUCCUGUAUUUGUUUCAAGUUUAAUAGAAGAAUAAAAUUCAACUGAUAAAAGUGUUAUGAACUAGCUGUUUAUGAUUUGGCCUUGGUAUAGAUUCUCAUUCAGCUGUAUUGACCGUCGACUUUUUGAGUUUCGGGGUCAAUACAGAUAAACGAGAAGGUAUACAAUGUUGAAAAACAGCAACCCUAAAAUAAGACCUAAAUGGACACACACAAAACAAGCUAAGGAAAAUCUAUUUAUCGGGAGGAUAACCUGAGGUGAUAACACAUUGUUGUCGUUAUUCAAGCGGAUAAAUUCUAAACUAUCAAAAUAAUGCAUGUAUAACCUAGUACAAAAGUACUGAUUAAUCGAUCUUGUGAGGCAGCAGUUCUUUUGUGCCAAUAGUUGUUUUUAAGCUGUUUCAUUUGCGCUAUACUAUAUUUUUCAAACCCAGAAUACAGAAUUCAUUUGUGUAAAAUAGCUUAUAGUAUGAUAUUUAUUAGAGUACGUUUGGGUACCGUCAUGGAAUGUAAUCCACCAGCAGUGGCAUCAACCCAGUAGUGAUCUUGCAAAAUUACAAAAUACCAAAUUUGAUAGACACAUUUCGAAAAUUGUGUGUAUUUGUUUCACUCAUAGGAUAAAAUUCUGAAGGUUAUUAAAACCUACUGGAAUUUUAAUAUUGAAGAGACUUUUUUAAAAUAGAUGCAAAAGUUUUAUAUAUUUCCAUGAAAGCAAAAUAUAUAUGAGGUGAAGAAGAAGAGUUAUUUUGGUGUAGAUAUUAUGUAAAUGUACUUUGUUGUAAAUAUUACAGUAUUACAUGUACUUUUUAUUUUUAUAAAAAAUGAAAAUAUA